UAGUUUAUUUAGAAAAUCAGAGGAAUGGUUGUAUAGUGAUCGGCUCUAAGAUAUCACCAAAGAUCGCAAUGUCCAUGACAUUGCCUGCGGGCUAUGAUAUUUUGCUACUACUGAGCAUUUAAAAACUCGAGAAUACACGCAUAGGCAUGUGAGCAGAAAAACGAGGGGGGUGGAUGGUGAAUAAGCGACAAUAGUGUGUAGUAAGGAUAGCCUCUGCACACAUCUCUUUUGAGCAAAAAUAAGGAACUCAUCUCUUUUAAAAAAAGUAAGGAACUAACACGGAAUGUGUAGUUUGUGUGUUUCGGCAGUUCUCAGGACAUCGCUUCUUUUUGCUCAAACACAGAAAGCCCGAGACAACCCCUCCUCCUAUAUUAUUGUCUCCCGUUAGGCCCCGCCUUCAGCAAAGGUAGCCUAAAAUAUCGGUCACUUGACGCUGUCACAAUUUUUAUAGCCAUCGUUAUUCCAAGCGUGUCAAAUAACAAGCGGUGUUGUCGCUCAUCGGGUUACACCUAACAGUUAGCGUUUAAUACUCGCUUGUCUCACUCUCCUGUGCAAAUUCCGUCCCAUAAUGGCUGACGAACGCUUCAGUGUCGUCGACUAUGUAGUGUUUUCUAUUAUGCUUCUAAUCUCAGCUGCGAUUGGGAUUUGGUACGGGUGUGGGCCCGGGGGAAAGCAGACAUCCACUAAAGAGUACCUACUGGCGGACCGUAAGAUGAAAGUAUGGCCUGUCGCUAUCUCGCUGCUCGUGUCUUACCUCUCGGCCAUCACACUACUCGGCGUCCCGUCCGAGAUCUAUACGUACGGAGCGCAGUACUACGUACUGAUCAUCUCCUACUUCAUCAUCUGCGCCUUCGUCGCCAUCAUCUUUGUGCCGAUGUUCAGACGAGUGAAUAUAACUUGCGCAAAUGAGUACUUAGAGCGUCGUUUCUCCGUCGGUGUCCGGAUAGUGGGAUGUGCGUUCUUUAUUCUGGAGUAUACCUUGUAUUUGUGCGUUGUGCUCUAUGCGCCAUCGCUCGCUCUCGAAGCCGUUGCCGGCAUACCGCUGACCGCCUCGAUCCUGACCACGGGCAUCGUCUGUACUUUCUACACAAGUUUGGGUGGCUUGAAAGCGGUCAUCUGGACUGAUGUGUUUCAGUCCUUAGUGAUGGUAGCAGGACUGGUUGUGGUGGUCGUGAUUGGUAGUCAGGAAGUCGGGGGAUUUGGUGAAGUGUGGGAAAUCAACAAAAAUUUCGACCGACUCAACUUCUUUGACUUCAACCCCGACCCUAAGGUACGCAACACGUUCUGGACUCUGACGAUCGGGGGCGCGUUCACCGCCAUGCCUGUGUGGACGGUCAGCCAGACUGCUGUUCAGCGAUUUCUCUCAGUGCCCAAUACUCAAGCCGCUAGGAAUGUUGUCUGGCUGAAUAUUCCUGGCCUGAUUUUGAUUGUCACUUUGUGCUGCCUGGAUGGACUGGUCAUCUUCGCGGUAUACUCCGGAUGUGACCUGCGUGAAGACAAGAAGAUUUCCAGUAAUGACCAGAUUUUGCCGUAUUUCGUCAUCAACAAACUUGGCUACUUGAAAGGCCUGCCUGGAAUGUUUACCGCCUGUCUUUAUGCAGGCGCCUUGAGUACGGGCUCUUCGGCACUAAAUGCCAUGGCACUCGUCGUACUUGAGGAUAUCGUAAAGAAGAGAGUUCCGGACUUGAAUGAUGGGGACCAAGCAAAAAUCUGUAAAUUUGUUGCGGUUGCUUUUGGAGCCAUUGUUACCGGUGGAGCUUUCGUGGUCAAGUUUGUUGGUACCUUGGUUCUGCAGUUGGCGUACAGCAUCUUUGGUAUCUGUGGUGGACCGCUACUCGGCAUAUUUCUUUUGGGCAUGUUUAUAAGGAGGGCAAAUUCUAAGGGUGCCUACGUAGGUGUCUUCGCUGGGGCUGCUAUUACUCUUUGGGUAUUCAUCGGAGCCCAGGUCUACCCCCCUAACAAGUACCCAGGACGUCGCUCCAUAAGAGAAUGUGAUUGGUUUAACGCUACGACCUCCAAUAGUACAGGGUAUAUUGAUAACCCCUGGACCCCACACAGUAAUGGGAUUGCGGAUUUCUACAGCAUCUCCUAUCUCUGGUUUAGCGGACUCUCCGUCUUUGUGUCGUUCAUGGUCGGACUAAUCGCCAGCUUUAUGACCGAGACGAAAGAAGACCGCGCACGCGCAAAACAACUCGACCCCAAGCUGCUGUUCCCAACAAAGGCCUGGUUACUGUCAUUCCUUCCAGGGCACAAAUUCGAGUGGGACAUCGAGGAAAUCACGUAUGAGGAGCCUCCGCCAUCGGAGCUGGUAAUUGGGGCUGUUGAUAACGAUAUAAAGAAAAAGGACGGCGCUCAGGACCUGAAUUGUAACGUCAACCUCGCGGCAGACGAUGACAUUGAUCCACAGGAAACCCGGUUCUGAGUCACAGUGAACAAAGUGUGAGACGCCCCCAAUUAGGUCGCUGGUGUCCAGGUCAGGUCAAGAUAGUGGUUAUUUAGUGAGAAUAAAUAAUCUUUAGCAGCAUACCUUAAAUCUAAAUACGUUUUAUUUCUCAGUUUCUUUUGGGGCUGGUUUUUUUAACGUUCUUCUCUUGGUAGCCCACUAUGCGUGUUAAUCCUAUAGUUUUAUUGGCCGAAGGAUGAAUACCAACUCGCUCAGUCCUACCACAAGGUGCUCAUGGCUACUGUCAGUGGUUUAUACAGCUAUUUCAAAAAGGUUGUACUCAGAGAAUGUGUGUAUCGUAACCCGCAGUGCUUCAUGGGUAUCAAAUAAGAUAAGCGUAAAUAAAAUACAAAUCUAAAAAAAAUACAAUCUACUUGGGAGAAUGGCAUACUGACAGUAGCCUUGGGCUGCCUGUGGUUGGCGCUCCAAUGUUGUAGAUUUUUACAAACUUUAGCAUUUCGAAAAAAUGUUUUAAAAUCUACCAACGUAACAUUGUACAUAGCAAUUUUAAAGGUUUUUCUCUGUGGAUCAUUUGAUAUCGAUUAGGAUAUAGGUGUACAUAUUAUUAUUAGUGUUAAAGCACAUUUGCCAUUUUUUGGCUUUCAAAUCUGGUACUUUUGCCUAUAAGCUAUAGCUUUAUGUAACACGCCUUUUAUUAUUUGCACUUUUUGCACAGCCUUUUAUGUUCUAUGCUCGGGUGCUUGAUUUUUCGCCGCCGCAAAUGUAAAGCGCCUGAUCAUCCAGAGCAGUAUAAGUUUGUAUUAUUACUUUUUGUGGCGUGAGCUGUUAAUAUCUUGUUUGAAAUAUAGAUUAAAAACAUUGUUUGGACAAAA